CAGCACAAAGACGCAAAACAGACAAACCACCGCAUGCAUCAAAAUGCUGUGUGAUAGACUGCCGAAUGAAUGAUAGUAUACUAGCUAGUACAUGUAGAGUAAAGCAAUGAUUCUGUUGCUGGUUCGGUUGGUUGUGGACCCAUUGACGAGUGUGUUGACACUGCUAGUCCGCUCGGUUUUGUGGUUUUCCUUGUUCUUUUCUCUGGCAUAUUCCUUGGGAUGGGUCCAACGUCUUUUGUGGUUCUUGUUGGAGCAAUCGACCUCGGAUUUGUGGAAUGGCACUCCCGUGACGAUUGGGUCUUUGGAGAUUGAUUUGAUUCGAGGACGGAUUUGGGCGACAAAUGUUGUCAUUCACACUCCCAAGAGGGAGGAAUGGGGUUGGGAGAGUCCUCUGAUUUGUCGCAUUGGCCGACUCUAUGUGGAACACAACUGGAUCACGUCCUUCUUUACCAUGGUGGUCAAAAUGGCAUGUGGCCACGGACAAAAACAAAUAUUGGAGCUCUACACUAUUGAGGUUUCUGAUAUUCAGGGGUUCAUUGAGCGAAAACAGCACAUUUUCAACUUUUAUUUAAUGGACCAAUGGCUCGAUUUGCCAGAUCCAAAGGACUUGGAUGACAACGAUAAGGAGGCACGCAAAAAGAGCCAAAUUGAUCCUCAUGCUCGACCGCAUCACCACCAGCAACAAUCAGCAGAUGUCUUCUCUUCCAUCAACAACGCCAAUGAUGGAAAUAGGAAUGACAAUCAAUCAGAGGCUUCGGUGGAUUUUAGCAUGGAACAUCCAGAUCAGGUCGAGGCGGCCUACGCUGCUGGCAACAACAACAACACUACUACUAAUACCUCUGUCAUCGAGGAAGACAAGGAUAUCCUCGAUGAACAAGAGGAUGAAAUUGCACAUCGACAAGCACAGCAGCUGGUGGACGAUAUGUUUAGUGCCGUCAAGUCCAUUGGACGAGCCGCACAGCAAAAAGGAUCCUUUGUCGGAGCAUUCAUUGAGCAAAGAGCACAGCUGGCAACCAAAUUGAAACAAUUCAAAGGGACCAAGAACAAAACAGAAGCCAUGCAAGAAGGAGUCAAAGUCAUACAAAGAGUGGGAAAAGCAGUCGCCAAGAAAACAAAGACUCUGCAAAAUGUCAUGCCCAAAAUGCCGAAUCGACGAGAACCAGACAUUCCACCCGUCUAUGGGCGGGUAGGAAGAGUCAUUAUCGAAGAUGCUCGAGUGUUUACUAGAAUCAAUACCAACAGUACAACUUCCAUGGGUGCUUCCACCGCUACAACAUCCACUGCCGGUACAUCGGUCAGCGGGAGCACCAUUGAUACCAGCAAACAAUUCACAAGUCCAGGCGGACAUCAACCUGGAGCAGCACCAUUGGAAGCAAACGAAGCGAAAUGGAACAAACCCAUUGGCAUUUCCGAAAUGGUGCUGCGUUCCGCCGAACUGUGUCCACCAAACUCACUUCUGGACGACAGGGGGCUGCCAGCCGUUUAUCAGCCUCUAGACACCAUUGCCGAUGUCGUCAUGAAGCGAGCGCUAGUGGGUCUGGCGAAGAGCAACACGUCGCGGUUCCUUCAAACGGCUCUGGGUGAGUUUCUGGAAAUGGAAUACUCGACAAUUUUUGGAGAAACAGAGUUUGCCAACCCAUCCACUACCGGGCGGCAAUCUCCAAUGCCUCCCACAUCGAGUACAGGUCCAGGAUCGGAUACCGGGAUAUAACUACUAGAUUUUAAAAACCAUUCAACAUUGCUGCUACAAUAGAGAGAACAGUUUUUGUUGCC